GAUCGUUUAUUUCCAUGGGGUGUGAUUGAGACAGUUAAAUCCGGCUAGAAACCAGAAGAAGAAGAAAAGUGCAAACGAGAAAAGUGGUCGGGAGCGUGUUACCCGAGGAGGGCGGGGUCAGGGUCUGAGGUGCGGGCGGUGCUUCCAGCCGCCCAUGCCCCCUUCUGCCCUGCGCUCGCUGCGGGGGGAAGAAGUGUGAACUUGAACGCAGCCUUCACCGCCCAGCGCGAGUCCCGGCAGAGGACAGAGUCCCACCAGCGCGUCCGCGUCGCCCGGGGUAAGGUCCAGCUCGUCGGAGAAGGAGCAGCCGGACGCCGUCGGGUGUCGGGAGGGUGUUCGCUCGGCGAGAGCCCAGGAACGUGCCAAGACGCGCGGAGCGCUCGACGCGAUGUCCAGGCGCAAAGUUGGAAGCAGACCGCAGCACCUGAGCGCAUUUCAAGAUGCCACUGACAUGGUGGACUGCACCGGCUCGUCAGAUGAACCGACUCCUCCUCUUCUACAGGUCCAAGCUCCUGACGAGGGUCGUGACCUCCUGACCUGCGGCCAGUGCAGCCAGGCCUUCCCCCUCGGCCACAUCCUGGCGUUCAUCCAGCACAAGCAGGGUGGCUGCCGCUCUCGGAGCCAAGCCCAAAAUGCCAGCGCCACACCUCCCUCACCUGCCAACCGAGCACAGCAGCGCGUCGCGCAGGCCAAGCCAGGGCCGGGGUUCAUUGAGCUGAGGAGAGGGGCGGCCAGCGACAGAGUUUGGGGGGAGGCCCCCGGCAUGAAGGUGAAGGUGGAACCCAGCAAAGCAGUGCUAGAGGAGCCGUCCUAUUUUACCUGCCAGCAAUGUGAGGGUGUGUUUCCAUCCGCAUGGGCGCUCUUACAGCACGCUCAGCACACACACUCCUUCAGCAUCUACCAGGAGGAUAUGGAGGGCGCUGCAGACAUGAGAGGAGGAGAAGGCCUCACAGAGCACAAACCUGCUGCAGCUACUCUGGACCCACGCCACCUGAGCCAAGCUCUUGCCUCGGCCUUUCAACCUUCUGUCCUGCGCCUCGGUCGCUCCCGUCAGACACACACCAACUCAUCCUCCACCAGUAACCCGCAGGCUCUGAACUUUUCAGUGCGGCUCAGGGAGCUUGCCGGGGGGAAUAAUAACACCACCGGCAGCUCACCCGGAGGCCUGGUGCUGUGUCCAUCCUCUUCUCCACCAGCAGCAUCUCCCUUUCCUCAGACUGGCGCCCUCCAUGCCGACUUUCACUGUGAGCUGUGUAACCAGCACUUCCAGUCCCUGCGUGCCCUGUCCACCCACCGUCGGACUCACGCCUGCCAGAGGCCCUAUCACUGCGGCGUGUGCGGGCAGGCCUUCGCCCAGAGCGGCCAGCUGGCCCGUCAUAUAAGGAGCCAUCAUAGGGCAGCUGGAGGAAGUGCAUAUGAGUCGGUGGAGAUGGUUGUGAUGGAGGAGGAUAUAGGGAGGCAGGGGAUGAGAGGGAGGUUUCAAAUGCAGCCAGCUGGAAACGUAGAAAAGGGAAUGGUUAGUGCAGACUUGAGGGCCAAGGGCCCCUCUGAACUGGACCUGACCCUGCCCAAACAACCCUCCAUUGCUUCAGGUCUGAUGCUGCUGACCACGCAGGUCAGACCGCCAGACAGGGAGUCGCUGAGGCUGUACCAACGCCAGAGAGAGGGAGGAGACGGAGUGGGGGAGGAGGCAGAGGGGCAGGUGGAGCCCCAGCACACCUCACCCUGUGCCAGCCCCUCCGAAGGCUCACUGGAGAGCGGAGAGACCGGGGGCAGUGGCGAGAGCGGUAUCGCUAGCGGCAGCUGCACACCCAAACGUCCAGAGAUGGGCGACAGAGUCAGAGGAGUCGGAGAGUGGGAGAAUGAAGGAGAGGAGACCAUUGAAAGGGAGAAGGACUGGAGUUCAGUCAAAGUCAGCGAGGCCGUGCAGGAGUGGCAGAGGGAGAAUGAGCGGAGGAGUGUAGCAGGAGGUGUCAGCAGUGCAGGAAAUAAUAGUAAUUCUACUGCUGGUUCAGCUGGUAAGAAAAAGAAAGACGAGGCCUGUGAGUACUGUGGUAAACACUUCAGAAAUAGCAGCAACCUGACUGUGCACCGCCGCAGCCACACAGGUGAACGGCCCUACCGCUGCGGCCUCUGCAACUACGCCUGCGCUCAGAGCUCAAAGUUAACGCGCCACAUGAAGACCCACGGUGCACAGGGGGCAAAGGCCUCCUUUCUGUGCCAGCUGUGCGGGGUACCCUUCACUGUCUACGCCACUCUAGAGAAACACUUGAAGAAAGUUCACGGCCUUAGCCAUGCCAGCGUGGGAACGUACGCACAGGCCAGCGCUGCGGACACUUUAGCUGCCAUAAAAGCUGAAGAAGAAGGAGCGGUGGGGGUGAAAAUGGAGGAGGACGAAGCCAGUUUGGAUCAGAUCGGCAUGGAGAGCAAAACAGAGAGCAACAUGGAGUUGGAGAUGGGCCAGAGCCAAGCAGAAUAUAUGGAGAACAGAGGGAGUCCAGCCAUAGUGGGCAAUCUCCCACCUGAGAGCAGUGCAGAAGUGAGCUCAGCUUUGGCUUAUGCACCAUGAGAACUGUUCUCAUUCACUGAUGACAUUUUAAAAACAAAAAACAAAAAAAAACACUGCACAGGACUUAACUCACGCCUCAAAUAAAAAGAACUCAUCCCAUCCUUGAACUGACAGUCUAUUCCGCCGUAGAUGGCAGCAGGCAGUCUCGUCCUCUCUUCUCACGCCGAGGCACACAGCAGCCAUGUUGUUCAUGCUUGCAUGUAAAGCCGCCGGCUGAAACUAGGUGCCUAUCGUUCUUUUAGACCACAGAGAAAAAGAAAAAAACAAGGCCAUGACAUUCAACAGGGAGAUUACCAGAGCGGUUGAACAGGAAGUGAACUGUCACAGUCCACACCGACACAGGAAACUGAUCACCAUGUUGCAGAGCAGGAUGCAAACGACGAGUGAUUUAUCUCUCUGGUGACCCACUGGACAGGUGGCAUCGGAUAUUAAGUGUCAGAUGAUACAGAUAACGGAUGAUAUUGAAUAAAAGAAAUAGAACGCUGUUAAUAUAUUUUCAGUGAUAGUGAGAGAGGAGAUAUUGUGCUACCUAGCUGUUUUCUUUUGAGAAGACCUUUUAAAGACUAUAGACGUGCUGAACAGACACAGGGGUAAUAUGAAUCCAAACACUGUCCGCCUGCAGUUUCUCAGACUCCACUUUUUUUAAUGGCGCUUGGUUGUCACAACACUUGUCACUUAACGUAAAGUUUACAGGGCUCACGGGGCCAAGCAAGGUUGUGCUCUGACUUUGUGACGGUAUGUAUGGAUGAUUGUCUAUUUGUUAAUUUGUUUUUUUCCUCAUUUUCUAAAUGUGAAUGAGGAGACUUUAAAGUCUCAUCUCCUGAUGCCCCCCCCAUGAUUAGUUUCUAUGCAUAAAAACCCCCCCCACCAUUUUAUCUCCAUGUGAAACGGGUGUGUAUACUUUUUUCUCGUUGUGUACUUAGUAUUGUGAUGGUAAUUCCUCUCUUUCAUCGUUUACAUUUGUAAAGUGCCAGACUGCUCGAAGCUUGCGCAUGUUUUGCAGCCAUUUAAACCUGUUCUUUUUCUGUUGUUGUGUUUGCCUGUGUUUUGAGUUAUUCCUAAUUUAUGAAUGCUGCAUGUCGGUGAUUGUGUAGCGGAUAAAAAUCUGUUUCACUGCUGAACUACAGGGUUGAGAGGUGUUGGGGGAGUUUUGUGUGAGCACUUGCGUGAGUGAGAUGUGUGAAUGUGGUUGUGUGUACAGAACACACACACACAAAAAAAAUGAUCUACUCGAAUCCUCUGUCCUGUGAUCUUGUGUCCUAGGCGUGACUCGGCUGGUCAUAAUCACCGUGUUGUGCUUCUGAUAGAUCAAGUUAACUGAAAGGGAAACUGUUCAUUUAACUAAUUUAUCAGGACAGAGGCUUCAAGUAGUGUUGCCAACUUUUUCAUAACUUCUCCAACCAUGACUUUCGCCAUAUAUGAUUUGCGGUCAUGUCAGGGAUUCUUAUGUAAGUCAUGUAUGAGUGCAGUGUAACUGUUCAGGGAUGAUAUUUUGUACAUAGAUUCACAUUCUAGCUGUUGCUCUACUUAUUAUUAUUAUUGUUAUUAUUAUUGAUAAUAUUAACGGCUGUCACUGUUACAUUCCCUCCACUUUUCCUAGCAUCGUCUUCUUUACACCGAACGCUGGUUGUUGUGAAGCUGUACCACUCUGCUGUCUAUGUAAACUUGACACCAUUUUGUACCAUGUCAUGAGGAGCCUCAAUAAAGAAUUGAGGUGAAA